GACGAAAAUUAAGUUAACCGAAAAGAGGUGCAGAGGAUGAGGGGCGGGUUCAGUAUGUUGUGGUAGCAUAAAUGUAUAUUUAAACCAUCUUGCGCACGAAUUCACCACUCGUAUUGGCUCCAAUGCGUGAAGCUGUUUGCCGUUAAUAGCAGAACCCGGUGUAUCGCAUCUGUAUCCUGAAGGACAGUUAAACUUUGGCAAAGAGGCGAGAGGUUGAUUUCGAACAAAAAUGUUGGUUUUGAUGAUUUUGACUGCCUUUCUGGCGACCAGUUUGGCCCAUAAUGCAACAUUCUACAAGGUUGAAGAACCAAUUAACGACCACUACAUCGUUGUAUUGAAGUCUGGCUACGACGUGGUGCCCAUCAAGAAUCUCAUCCUGACAGAUCGUUCUGGAAUCUUCCGAGACUCCCGUAUCAAACACACCUACACUAAAGCCAUUAACGGCUUCUCAGCAAAACUAUCACAGAGAGCUCUCGAAAAGCUUCUUUAUCGUCAUGAAAUCAAGUAUAUAUCGCAAGAUGGCAGAGUCAGUGCUUCUACCGUAGCUCAGUGGGGUUUAGACCGUGUCAACCAACGGAACCUACCUCUUACUGGAGAAUACAGUUUCACUGGGGACGGUUCUGGCGUCAGUGUUUAUGUUAUCGAUACAGGAAUCUAUCCACAGAGCACGUUCUUUGGAGAUCGGGCAAAAAUUGCUUUUGACGCAGUUGGAACUGGUGCUUAUGGUGUAGACUGCAAUGGUCAUGGGACCCACUGCGCUGGUACCGUAGGAGGCGAGAUAUUUGGAGUUGCUCCGGGUGUUAAUCUCUUCGGAGUACGUGUUCUUGGUUGCCAGGGAGACGGUUCAACUUCUGAUGUCGUUGCAGGUUGUGAUUUUGUAGCGCGUUACGCCGUGCAGCCGGCCAUAGCUUCGAUGUCUCUGGGAGGCCUGGCCCAACCGGCAUUAGAUGAGGCCGUCAGAGGGAUGAUCAAUGCUAGCGUACCCACAGUUGUUGCUGCUGGUAACUCCAACAAUGAUUCCUGUUUAUACUCUCCCGCUAGAGUCGCAGAGGCGAUAACCGUCGGCGCUACAGGUAUCAACGAUCGUAGGGCUUAUUUCUCCAAUUAUGGGAGUUGUGUUGACCUGUUUGCUCCUGGUGUCAAUAUCCCAAGUGCAUCAAUAAGCGGUAAAGAGUACACACUGACAAUAAGUGGAACAUCGAUGGCGUGUCCUCAUGUAGCAGGCGCAGCAGCUAUUGCUCUUGGUAACGCCGAAGAACUGUCCCCUGCUGACCUGAAAACGAAACUCAUGGAAGAUACAACUGAGGGCGCGAUAUUCGAUGUGGGAACUGAUUCUCCCAAUCGUCUUCUGUACGUGGGUUAGGAACCUAGCCAUUUGGGAAAAGACCAGUGGUGGCACAGGAUUUUUUAAGUGGGGUGUGGGGAGGUGGCGGGGCGUACACUAAAGAUGAAAUGUGAGAAAAUUUUUUUGAAGAUCGGAAGAUGGUAUUUUCAAGCAUUUUACUGUCUGAUUAUGAUGUUUAUGUCAGCAUAUCUCUGCUAUUUACAAGUCAUUCUACAUUUUUUAUGUUCAAAUUUUCUUGAGAGUGACGGGGGAGGGAGAGGGAAGUCCCCCGAUGCCCCCGCCCCUUUGUGAUGACACUGUAAACCACAAGUCAUGAGUGCAAUGGAAUUUUGUGGUAUAGGUAGUAAUCUUGUUUCAGAUUCUUUUGUCCGACUUCUUCGACUCUAAAGUGUUCAACUGUUCAAAACCGUCUUAUAGGAUAAAUACAUGCAAGCAUUUUAUUUGGC